AGAUGCCGGCGGCGCAUGCGCGGCGGGCUGCGAAGGAAGGGCUUAAAAAGGCUCGCUGCAGGACGGUUCUCCCGCACAGACCUCGCUCUGUCAGCCCAGGUGGUGGUUCCGUACUCCAGUCCCGGCCCGCUCUUCUCCCAACAGCCGCUCGCCAUGGCAGCAGUCAGGACUCUCAGGAAACUGUGUCAACACGCGCAGCAUCAAGUCUGUAAAGUGCACACGUCUGCUUCGAGACAGGAGGCGGUUGUCAUCUCGGGACGGAAACUAGCGAGGCAAAUCAGAGACGAGGCCCGGCUAGAUGUGGACAAGUGGAUGAUGGCCGGCAACAGAAGACCCCAUCUAAGUGUCAUCCUCGUCGGAAACAACCCAGCUAGUCAUUCUUACGUCUUAAAUAAGACUAGGUCUGCAGCCGAUGUCGGUAUCUCCAGUGAAACAAUUCUAAAGAGAUCAGACAUCAGCGAGGAAGAGUUACUGGAUCUAAUCUACAAACUGAACACGGACCACCGCGUGGACGGCCUGCUGGUGCAGCUCCCCUUGCCAGACCACAUUGACGAACGCACCAUCUGCAAUGCAGUAGCUCCAACGAAAGACGUGGAUGGCUUCCACGUGGUUAAUGUGGGACGCAUGUGCCUGGAUCAGUCCACCAUGCUGCCGGCAACACCUUGGGGAGUUUGGGAAAUUAUCAAACGGACAGGUAUUCCUACACUCGGAAAGAAUGUUGUCGUGGCAGGACGCUCCAAAAAUGUCGGGAUGCCUAUCGCUAUGUUACUGCACACAGACGGCCGGCACGAAAGACCUGGAGGUGAUGCCACUGUUACCAUUUCUCACCGUUACACUCCAAAAGAGAAACUUCGGCAACACACUAAAAUUGCAGAUAUUGUCGUAGCUGCUGCAGGAAUUCCCAAUCUAAUCACAGCGGACAUGAUCAAAGAGGGAGCAGCAGUGAUCGACGUCGGAAUAAAUAGAGUGCGAGACCCUAUCACUGGGAAGGACAGGCUCGUGGGGGAUGUGGAUUUCGAAGGUGUGAGACAAAAGGCAGGCUUCAUCACUCCAGUCCCAGGAGGCGUGGGACCUAUGACUGUCGCGAUGCUCAUGAAGAACACUAUCAAAGCAGCUAAAAACGUUCUCUUAUUUCCACCGGAGAGGAUCCGUAUGGCAGCGGCAUCGUAACAAGAUCAGAGGAGAGCAACAUCGACACAUUCCACCCUCAUUUUUUUUUUUUUUUUACUUGGAGCAACUUGACCAGCUCCUGAAACACGGACUGGAAAGAUGAUAGCUGGACGGCUGCUGGAUCUCCUGGACCUCCAGACUGUUACAUUCACUCAUGCUGCUGCAUGUUUCAAGUGACGGGGCUCUCUCUAUUUAUCAUAUUCUAUAUAUUUUCACUACAGUUGUGAAAUAUUGAAAGAUUGUUUAUUUAUUGCAAAAGUGGCAAAAUAUUUCAAUGUGAAUUAUUUCAGGUCAAGGUAUUAAAACUCUAAGCUGGUAAGCAGUUAAAAGCCGAACUAGUUGAGGCUUUUACGUUCCGUUAAGUUCACACUUGUUCAGCCUUUGAUACAAAGAUUAAGGGCUAAUGACUUCAGGUAUGAGAAUGCUCAUCAGUGAACAAGCUUUAAGGAUUCACAAUUUGCCUUUGUAAAAACUUUGAAAUAAAUAUGACCAGUAUGUUCGCACGUUGAA